GCCACCGAGUAGUUCGGUUGCAUUGAACGGGGGCUCUUCAACUUUUGCUACUGGAAGAAUCUUGUGCAAAGCCAGCGAGCAAGAUACUUAACAUUAUACACAUUUUACGCUCAUUUGUCGCCGUGUGCUGUGCAUUGCUGCCCUCCGACAUCCGACCUGGGGAAUUGUAAUCGUCAGCAUUCCAACAAAUUCCAGAAGUGACGAGGAGACUCCAUUUUCGAAUGCGGCUGCUCUGGCUAGCGGAAUCCUAGCCAGUUAUGCUGCUAGGCUAACUUUCCCCUGCUAGGCGGAGAGGAUUCAGAACAAGCGAGGAGCUUGCAAUACAUUGCCCAUCUGACGAAACAUUCGUUGACAAAAGACUCCCAGCAUGCUGAUGGUGGGAGGCAAUGGAAGGAUGCACUAGAAUGAGUGUGAAGGAGCUGUGUGAAACCGAUGACUUGGCCACCCGAUUGGUGCUGGACCCUUUGUUGGGCUUCAGCACCCACAAAAUGAACAUCAGUCCCCCACCAGAGAUCCGGCGAUGGGGUAACCUCAAAGAGACCCUGUUGCGCUUUCAGCGCACACAUGACUUCAAUGCUACGUUUGAGGCACUAACUGUGGGCGAACUGGCUGGUGACUACUUUAAUGCUUUGGGAAGUCAUCGACAGGAGCUGCUGAGACAACAUGUGUAUCGUUACCUCAGUGCCUUCCUGUUGGAUAGCGGUGUGAAAAUAGAGUCAUGUGACAGAUACUCGUCAGAGACCAACGGGGCUAAGAUAACCUCAACGAGGCACUGGUUUGCAGGAGAGCGGGUGGAGGUCCUGCUGGGCUGCAUAGCAGAGCUAAGCCCCACUGACAGCGCUGUGCUAAGGGCAGGAGUCAAUGACUUCAGUGUGAUGUAUUCUACACGCAAACGCUGUGCUCAGCUCUGGCUUGGACCAGCAGCUUUCAUUAACCAUGGUGAGUUCGUUUGGAUUCAUGACUCAUUCUUUUCCACUGUAAAUACACACACACACACACACACACACACACACACACACACACAC